AUGCAGCCGUACGGCUCUCAUCCUGUGGCAAUGCCACCCCCGACGGCCCUGCCGCCCGCUGCCUUGCAGCCUCGUGUGCCUCCGCACCCUGCGGCUCUGCAGCCUCCCAUGGUUCUGCAGCUUCCUGCUGCACCGCAGUAUCCUGCGUACUCGGACUUUGGUGCUGGGCGUCAGCACCCUGCUGUCUCGCAGCCUCUCGCUGCUUCGCAGCCCUCGUCCGACCCGGCGGUAUCGCCUCAGAGCUCACCCGAGCAGGGUCCCGGUAUGGCUAAAGCAAGCCAACGUAAAAUACCGGGUGCGUACGCAUCUUCUUCGGAAGAUUGA